GUUAAGGUGUUGAAGUGUCUCUGAGUUCUCCAGGGAUAGCUCCCAAGGUUAGAGUGUGUGACUCCCCAGGCUUUCCUUUCUAUUCCUCUCAUUCUCCCUGCAAUGGCUCUGGAAAAUAUGGAGAACGUUGAGGUGUUCAACUCUGAAGGCAAGGGCAGGGGGCUUCGAGCCACCAAAGAGAUGUGGGCUGGGGACAUCCUUUUUGCAGAGCCAUCCUACUCCGCUGUGGUCUUUGACAGCCUGACGCAGGGGGUGUGCCACACCUGCUUUAAGAAACAGCUGAAGCUCCAACGAUGUGGGCACUGCAAGUUUGCCCACUACUGUGACCGUACCUGUCAGAAAGAGGGCUGGGCAGAACACAAGAGCGAGUGUAGUGCCAUCAAGAAGAAUGGCAGUGUACCGAACGAGAACAUCAGGCUGGCGGCUCGUAUCCUGUGGCGGAUCGAGAAGGAAGGCAGCGCCCUGUCCGAGGGCCGGCUCACCUCCCUCGAUGACCUGGAGAACCACUUGGAUGACCUUGGGGAGGACGACAUGAAGGAACUGAAGGUGGACGUCCAUAACUUCCUGGACUUCUGGCCGAGUAACUGCCGCAUGUUUGGUGUGCAGUACAUCUCCCACAUCUUCGGACUGAUCAACUGUAAUGGAUUCACUCUGAGUGAUCAGCGAGGGCUCCAGGCAGUGGGAGUGGGAAUCUUCCCAAACCUGUGCCUGGUAAAUCACAACUGCUGGCCCAACUGCACCGUCAUCCUCAACAACGGCAAUCACGAGGCAGUAAACUCAAUGUUUCACACCCAGAUGAGGAUCGAGCUGCGUGCCAUCGGGAAGAUCUCCCCAGGAGAGGAGCUCACUGUGUCCUACGUGGAUUUCCUCUGCCUGAGUCAGGACCGCAGGAAGCAGCUGAAGCUGCAGUACCACUUCGACUGUACAUGCGAGCACUGCACCAAGGGGAUCAAGGACGACCUCAUGGAGGCUGUCAAAGAGGAGGAAGGAAACAAGCCUUCAGCGGAGGUGGUGAAGGAGGUGAUGAAGUUCAGCACUGACACCUUUCAAAAGAUUGAGAAAUCAAGAUCAGAGGGCAACUAUCACGAGGUGGUGAAGUACUGUCGGGAGUGUCUGAAGAGGCAGGAGCCGGUCCUGGCCGAGACCAACAUCCACAUGCUGCGGGUCCUGAGCAUCGCCUCCGAGGUGCUGUCCUACCUGCAGUGCUUCCAGGAGGCUUCUGACUACUCAAACAAGAUGGUACAGGGAUACCUGAAGCUGUACCACCCGAACAAUGCACAGCUGGGCAUGGCUACCAUGAGGGCGGGUGUGACGCACUGGCACGCAGGGCUGAUCGAGGUUGCGCACGGCAUGAUCUGCAAGGCCUAUGCCAUCCUAAUGGUAACACAUGGGCCCACACACCCCAUCACCAAGGACCUGGAGGCAAUCCGGAUGCAGACGGAGAUGGAGCUGCGCAUGUUCCAGCAGAACGAAUAUGUGUACUACAGCAUGCGUGAGGCAGCGCUCAAGAACCAGCCCAUGAAGAUGAUGGCUGAGCCGGGACAGGAGGCCAUCCCCCCCCUCUUCCAUAAGAAGUAACCCCCCCCCCCCCCCCCCCCC